AUGGCGUCCUCGUCAAGCGCGACUCCUCUGCUCUACUCCUGCAUCGCUCACAACACCACAAUUCUCUCCGAGUGCACCACCUCCGCCUCGUCACAAACCUCCUCGCUCGCCUCCCUCAUCCUGCCCAAGAUCGAGCACGCGACACCUCAGAAGUUGACCUACACCCACGGCCAGCACCAAAUCCACUAUGUCGCUGAGGCGCCCUCCGACCACCCCGACCAUCCGGGCGCCGGUGGCCUGACGUUUCUCGUCAUCGCCGACGCCUCGCUGGGCCGCCGCGUGCCGUUUGGCUACCUCCUCGAGAUUCGCAAGCGCUUCUUUGAAAAGUUCCCCGAGCACACCGACUUCGCCGACUUGCCCAAUUACGGCGCCGCCUCGUUCAACGCCGAGAUGAAGAGCCUGAUGGUGGAAUUCGGCACGACGAGCGGCGGCAUGAACGACGCGAUUGGCAACGCGAAGCGCGAGAUUGACGAUGUUAGAGGCAUCAUGACCAAGAAUAUUGAGAGCCUGCUCGAGCGCGGCGAGAGGAUCGACCUGCUCGUCGACAAGACGGACAGGCUGGGGAGCAGCGCGCGCGACUUUCGGGUGCGCAGUAGGGGCCUCAAGAGGCAGAUGUGGUGGAAGAAUGUCAAGCUCAUGGCGCUGCUGACGCUGGUCGUGGCUCUCAUCAUCAUGAUUAUUGUCAUUUCGGUCAAGGGCUAG